AUGUCAGCCGAAGCUCAAAUUAAUCUGACAAGCAAUCAUGGCGUACCUGAACCUUCAUCGGAUGAUGGCACGGAUACAAGUACCGACUCCUUCGGCCCACUUUUGAAGAAACGUCGCUCCUUGAUCUUCGCUUUGCAAUCCCCAAACGAUGAAACGCUCUCGACUGAAUCUAACCACGACAAUCUGCUAAAUGCGCCCCAAAGCUCCGAAAGCACAAGAUCAACACAACCGAACGAACGGAAGAUUUUGUUUUCGGGAGAAAAGCAGCCGUCGAGCAGGGGAGGUCUGAGGCCCUGUUUGGCCGGACGUGUUGCAUCAGCAGAUGCUGCACAUACGGUGAAGAGGGCGGACAAGAAGUGGAGGGUUUCCUCGGAAGAUACGGCCAGACUAGUGGUUCCCGGUCCAUCUAUAUUGCGUCGUUCAUCGAGCAAUUCUCGAUUGGAAAGGAGACCACAGUCCUCUAAGCCGGUGUCACCGAAUCGCAAAAGGGCGGGCGGACGCAUUGUCAAAACAACUCGCAAACCAUGGCGGUUGCUCCGCAAUAAUCCAAUCGUCGGCUCUUCACAGAAAUCCCCAGGAGAGGCUUUUGGUGGAGUGAGCUUCAAGUGGUUUCCAGCUCGCGCCAAUUCUUUUCCGUCGACUCCAAAGAAACAGAGCGUCACUACUCGGGGUCAUGAUAUCCCUCUGAAGCCAUGCAUGAAGCAGAAGUCAAAGAGUGCUUCUACUACUCCCCCAGAGCAAAGGACUGAGGAGCUUCAAGGAAGUAAAGCUACGGGGAAGAUUAAGACGGUCGGUUUUGAUAUGACCGAUGCGGAUCCAGUGGAUCUCUUCACCUUCUUUAAGCUACAAAACAGGUCAAUACAUGGUAACAAAGCAACUAAUGAACGACUGAAGGGCAAUUCUCCACAUAUAGAGAGUAGCGCCACUUCCGAACAUCGUGGAAUGCUCCCUGGCGUUAUGUCUUCGCAGGCCACAGAUGGAAAGGGCAAGCCCGCCGACGCCGCGAUGACUCGAACAGACGUGCAUGUAGUUUCGAUAGUCCCUCUGAGACUUUAUGAUAACAUCGAAGAUGCAGGUUCACCUACGCCGACCAUGCAAGUUGUUGAAUCUGACAAUGGUACUUACGAGGUGGUAUGGGACGAUAUGCCCUUGAUAGAUGAUAGACGUGUCGGUCUCCCUGGAGCAAAGACUUUGUCUCGUCUUAACGCAACCGCCUCGUUAACUUCUGGUGCCAGAGGUUUGGACCAAGUCAAUUCUAAGCUGGAAUGGUGGUGGAAGAACAGCAACCCCCAUGCCAUAUCCACCCCGAGAAUCGUAGUAUUCCCGGAUGAGGAUGAAGGCUACUUUGCGGAGCUUGAGCACGAGACAAGGGAGCGCACAAUAUCUCUCCCAGUACCUCCAAACAGCACGACAACGAGCAAGGAUGUCUCACGACACAACUCACAUCCACCCAGUAUGCGGCCGUCCAGGAACAGUUCCACCAGAGCAACGGGAUCCAGCUCAGAGUCUGAAGACGAGCCAACAUCUAGAGCACAGCAUGACCAGUCCCCAUCAAACGUAGCAAGCAAAAUAGGAGCAUACGACAAGAUGACCUUCCCUCUCGGCAUAGGAAGUGAUGCAGAACAUCCUCUAGCCGACCGUCGAUUAUCAAACAUGGAGGAUUCCGAAAUCAAGUUCCGCGGCCACCGUGACUCUAUGGCACUUGCUCGCUUGAGAGUUUUCAAUGCUGGAGGCGUCUCUCCAGAGCUCUUCAUGCACAGAGAUUCUGUGGCACUAGCGAAGAAACGAAUGCAGAUGAAGAAACAUCAUGCCAUACCAGCCUCAAGAAGUAAUCCCCCCUCGAGUAUCGAGUUUUCCGAACCUCUACCCUUGGCUCAACGAGCAAAUACCUCGAAAUUGACUCCUCCGAGCAUACAGGCCGUCAUCAUUGAAGAGGAGGAUUGAGACUAGUGCUGUUCAGAAUAGGGUUCUAGGGGCACAUGGUUGUAAUGUUAAAUGAUCCGAGGAUGACAGACGUUGCUAUCAUUGUGAAAUU